CCAGAUCUCAGCGGGGAGGAGCCAGGGCCAGCGGCGCUGGGGUUCGGACGCUCCCUCAGUCGAUGCGCCGGGCAGACGGCGGUGUGCGGAUGCAGGAGACAAAUAAAUGAGGAGUCAUAGCGAAGACCUAGUAUUUCUAGCCAAGGGGAAGGAGCAGGCCUCUCGGAAGGGAGCUGACGUUGGGGAUUACUGGAGCAGCGGGAGCUGAGCUCACGGUUCUGGCUCCCACCCCGGGCCAGCGCUAACUUGUGGGCACAGCUGCUUCCCGGAGCCCUUUCUGCUGCUGCUGCACACCGGCUUACUUUGCAGCAAUGGAAGCGAAUGGUACUUUCCUCGCUUGUAACAGGCUGAAAGAUGACAAGGAUCUGAAGUUCCUCCUGAAAGGCAGCCAGCUGCUAAAAGUGAAGUCAGGCUCUUGGAGAAAGGAGCGGUUUUAUAAGCUCCAGGAGGACUGCAAAACCAUAUGGCAGGAAUCAAAGAAGAUGCUGAGGUCUCCAGAGUCACAGAUCUUCUCCAUUGAAGAUAUUCGGGAUGUGAGGGCAGGCCAUAAAACAGAAGGCAUGGAAAAAUAUGCCAAGGAUGUCCCAGAGUAUCGCUGCUUUUCCAUCAUUUUCAAAGACCAGCGGAAAAACCUAGACCUCAUUGCGAGUUCGGAGGACGAUGCCAACCAUUGGAUCUCUGGCCUUGCGAAAAUCAUAGCCCACAGCAACUCCAUGAACCAGAAAGAGAAACUCCAACACUGGAUUCAUACCUGCCUGCGGAAAGCUGAUAAAAACAAAGACAACAAGAUGAGCUUGAAAGAGCUCAAGAAUUUCCUGAAAGAAGUGAACAUUGAAGUUGAUGACUAUCAUGCCAAGAAGAUUUUUCAGCACUGUGACAAGUCCAAAACAGAGGCUCUGGAGGAUGAUGAGAUAGAGGAAUUUUACAAGAUACUGACAGAGAGGAAAGAAAUAGACAAGAUAUUCCAAAAGUACUCAGAUGCAGAAGGGUUUAUGUCCUGCCAGAACCUGGUGAGGUUCCUCUAUGAGACACAGCAAGAAGAAGAUGCUGUUGUUGCUGCUCCUGCCUUAAUUCAGAGAUACGAGCCUAAUGAAAGAGCCAAGAGGGGUAACGCCAUGACCAAAGAUGGUUUUCUGAUGUACCUGCUGUCCGAUGAUGGGAAUAUAUUCAACUCCUCCCACCGUAAAGUUUACCAGGACAUGACUCAACCUCUCAGUCACUACUUGGUGUCAUCCUCGCACAAUACCUAUCUCAUGGAAGACCAGCUCACAGGUCCAAGCAGCACAGAAGCCUAUAUCAGAGCCCUCACUAAAGGCUGCCGCUGUGUGGAACUGGAUUGCUGGGAUGGCCCUAACUCAGAGCCUGUCAUUUAUCAUGGCUACACUCUCACCUCCAAGAUCCUCUUCAGCGAUGUCAUUAAGGCCAUCAAGAACUAUGCUUUCAAAACCUCACCAUACCCUGUCAUCAUCUCCCUGGAGAACCACUGCAGUGUCGACCAGCAGAAGGUGAUGGCUCAGCACAUGACGACAAUUCUGCAGGACAUGCUCUUGGUUGCCCCAGUAGAUGGAAACAAAUCCCAGUUCCCCUCCCCAGAGCAGUUAAAAGGGAAGAUCCUUGUGAAAGGCAAGAAGCUGAGUAGACACGAGGACCCUGCUGGAACAAAUGGGAACAACAACCUGGAGGCAGAGGAUGUCUCUGAUGAAGAUGAAGCAGCUGAAAUAGAAGAUGAAUCUGUAAAGACUGAGAUACAGCAGAAGGGGAAGAGUGACACCUUGAAGCUGGCCAAGGAACUGUCAGAUACAGUUGUCUACUGCAAGAGUGUCCAUUUCAAUGGCUUUGAGGACCCCAGCCAUCCUCGGGCUUUCUAUGAGAUGUCAUCGUUCACGGAGAGCAAAGCUCUGAAAUUAGCCCAGGAGUCUGCAACCAGUUUUAUUCAUCACAAUGUCAGGCACCUGAGCCGGAUCUACCCUGCAGGCUGGAGGACAGAUUCUUCCAACUACAACCCCAUUGACUUGUGGAACGUCGGCUGCCAGAUCGUUGCCCUAAAUUUCCAGACAGCAGGCACAGAAAUGGAUGUCUAUCAGGGUCGAUUCCAGGACAAUGGGUUUUCUGGGUACGUCUUAAAGCCGGAAUUCCUCCGGGAUGAGCAAACCAAAUUCAAUCCAAAAUCCAUCACAGAAGGAACAUGGGGGACAAAGAAGAAACUUCUGCUUAAAAUCAUCUCUGGUCAGCAGCUGCCCAAGGUGAACAAAAGCAAAAACUCCAUUGUUGAUCCUAAGGUAACGAUAGAGAUCCACGGUGUCCAACAGGAUAACAACAAGAAACAGACCAAGGUCAUUGAAAACAAUGGCUUUAACCCAAAAUGGGAUGAAGAGUUUACAUUUGACAUAGAGAUCCCUGCACUUGCCCUGGUCCGGUUUGUGGUGGAAGACUUUGACAUGUCGACCAAGAAUGACUUCAUUGGGCAGUACACCCUUCCCUUCACCAGUCUGAAGCAAGGUUACCGCCACAUCCAUCUUCUAACCAAGAACGGAGACCCGUACUCCUCCUCCACCCUUUUUGUGUACAUCAAUAUUGAGGACUGUGAUUAGCAUCUCAGCUCUUUCACAGUGAACCUCCUUAUUGAUGUAGAAGGAAUUCAGCAUGUGAAGUCUGCCAAUGUCAGGGUCCCAUCAAAUCCCCAGCACAUUCUCUGGAGCAGCCCGUGGUGCUCCACAGGACCCCUGAUGUGAGAUAGCCAUCAACCUUCUUCCUUCUGUAUGCUGGAAACAUCCUGAUGCUGCUGUUGAGAUUAAUCCUUUUGUACCUGUUUGACCAAUCCAGCUGUGGUUUUAGUUCACUUAGUGUAUGAUUUUUUUAAAUUUUGCUUUUAAUGAGAGGAUAGGAACUCCUUUUGAGCAAAAUACAGCUCUUGGGUUGGGUUUGGUCAGACAUCUGGACAAAGCAUCUGUGCAAGAAAACACCCACCCUACCGUUGACAUCGGUGGCCAGAUGCCAGGUGACUUCUUGCAGCUUCAGAUGUCAGCUGUGUUUCACCGUAUGAAGUCUUAAACGGGGACUCGAUUCCCCUCUUUCCUGUUACAGAUUUAAAAAGAGAGCUGCACUACAAAGCCCCACGUUACAUAACUCUGCUUCCCUUUUGUAUUAUAAUGAAAAAUACAUGAACACUACUCUGCCUGUGUGCCUGGCUCUCGGCCAGGGCUCUUUGCAAUCACAGCCUCGCUCUGCUCCUCUGAAGGAGAAAGAAGCUGCCGAACUGCAGAAUUCCCUCUAACCCAAAGCGAAACCCGCUCAAAGGGACCUCAGAGAAUGUCUUUUGUCAGUGUCAGUAGAAAUACGCUCAACUGACCGUAGGCCUUUUUUUGAAAUGCAGUAGAACUUUCUUCGUUUGUGUUUUUAUAGAAAAACAUAAUUUUUUAACACAGAGGAAGUGGUGGUAGGAGCUGUUGUGAAUGUUAGCCUGUCCCACUUGCACUGUAGAGGUAACCUAGUACAGACAGACAACAGUGUUUUGAACAGCAACAGAGUAUUUAUGGCAACAAGUGAUUUUUCUUCAAGUACAAAGUUAAGGGAAUAUUGUUGAAAUAAAAUAAUAUAUAUUUUGAAGUGCCAACUAUGUUACUAACAGUAUGUUAGAAUAUUAAAGUAAAACAAUCUGGAAAAAUCCAA